UUUUCGGUUAAUGCAGCACUCAACCGUAGACGUUUAGCACUGACAAAGUUCAACGCAGAGAGCACCCAGUUGCUCUGGAGCAUCAGUAGAAAGUGAAAAACUACAGUAGCUUUUCUUCAAUCCAUUCCCGUACCUCGCUCGGAGGAGGGGACGACAGAGAGUUGAAGACCUUUCUUCCAUUCUUUUCCCGUAAAGUUUGGCGCUUUCUGUGAUUUUUUUCCCACUUACUCGCUUCAAGAAAAACCCCGAGAUCUCUUCGCUCCUCUGCUCUUCAACGGCGACCUCGUCGUCGGAACGCGGGGAUGUCUUUGGGGGUUCCUCGGUUGCGGCCGAGCGAUGUUUUGCAAAAGUGGGUUUUGUGUAAUGUAGCUUGAGUUCCGAUCUGAAGGAUCCAAUGGGUGCUCCAGCACGGAGUUGAAAAGCCGCUUCUUUGAGCCGUUCAGAUAGUGGGUGCGAGAGAGAGGAGAGAGAGGGAGGUUUUCGUCCUUAUCGUAACCAUCGUUGCUCUUGUGAGAAUGGACUCUAACAAGAGUGCGUCGACGGGAAAUGAACAUGCGAAUAGCUCGGCAUCGGAUAAGAGAGGGAAGUAUCGUAUCAUGGCGGAAAUCAAGAGUCUCGAGCAAGAUUCCAAGUUCUUGAAGGAGGAGUUGGAAGAACUCGAAAGAUUAGAAGAUGCCUCAUCGAUUUGCAAGGAAUUGCUGCUCUACGUAGAGACGAAGCCGGAUGCUUUGCUUCCAGUGACUAAUGGCCCAGCAAACCCGUUGUGGAAUAGAUGGUUUGAGGGGUUUCAAGAUUCAGAGGGCUGCAGAUGCCGGAUAAUGUGAUGGAUCUAGUCGUGCCACAUAUCGAAUUUCCCAUUUCCUAGAGGAAGUAUAAGAUUGUGAUGAAAUAGGGCUCACAAUAGCAUACGCUACGAAGCAAGUGAUAAAGAUGUUACUGUUGAUUGUAGCCAACGCGCAAGCAGGCUUCUUUGUGCCGCGGAGACUUAACGAGAUUCUUACCUCAACUCAAAAGCGUGCCAGCCAAGGCGGCCGCGCUGAGGAGUGGACUAAGAUGAAUGGUGGACGGUCCAGGCCAUCUUGGCAACUUUUAGAUGUGUUUCUAGGCAAAUUUGUAUUGCAUAUUGUGCCAGUUUUAUGUGCAGUGUAAAUUUCAGUGAAUGCAGUUGUGGAGUUGAUGUG